UCGCCUUGCUGUCAACGAUCUGGGCAGUCCGGCAAAGCAUUCUGUUUUCUGUGGCACGGCUUUUCUGGUCAGUGAGUCCCUUGCGCUCAACGGCCAUUACAAUAGCCUGCGUUUUCCUGGUAUUGUAUGGCGCGUUAGUUACGCAGAAAGCUUGGCAAUAUGGCCACCAUCUUGAUUGGCACCAUCACCCCGACAAGAAUGGGCAAGUACAUGCGCAUUUGACCCAUUCCAUGAUCAUUUUCGAGUUAAUAAUUUCUGAUGUGAUCAUUGCAUUACUCGCCUUGCAUCUUCUGUGGGGCAUAAAGCUUCCAGCGAAGGAACGGAUGAUUGUACUAGCAGCAUUAUCGGCCAGUAUCAUUGUAACGAUCGUCUCCGUUUUCCGAGCUGUUUGCCAACUCGAGCAUUUAGGGGGUAUCUUGAGGAUUGCGAUCGAUCUUGAGCUCGCGGUUUCGCUCGUUGCAUGCAAUCUUUCGGUGGCUACAACCUAUAUCUACAGGACCGCGACUCAUCGUAGACGUAGUGUCUCCGAAUCAAAAUCCGAUUCGGACAUAGUAUUCUCCCAAGAAGUCGUGUCAGUAGAAGAGGACAUUUGACCACCGUUGACCUAGCCGGUCACGGUGGGGAUGGUUAGCCAAAAGCCAUUGUAUUACUUACACUUCU